UUUUCAGGCGAGGACAUUUGUUCCGCGCAAGCCAUCUUCUCCGUCAGACCUUCCACCUUCCUCUCUUCCGCUGCCAUCUCCACUUGCAGCGAUCAUCCGAUGCAAUUCUCCGAAGUCUAAACCUCGCGUUCUUCCCCAAGUUCCAAGCUUUCUCGCUUCGGAAUUCUCAUCAGUUUCGAAGGGCAUCGGUCGGAGCUGAAUCACAUGAAUUUUCUCCGCUCCAAUCUCGUUUCCGAUUCGAAUAAUCGCCCGGGCAUCAUCCGCGAGCCUUCAAGGUGUUGAUUUUUCCGGCGCCCAUGUCGUUGUUCGACGAUAUGGAGCUGGGUUUUGUCCAGCCGGCUAUGUCGGACGAAGAGAUCCUCGAAGCUGACCUCGUCGUUACUGACACUGCUAAUUAUGAGGGUGAGAGAUGUGGGCUAUGCAUGGAUCUUAUCAUCGACAGAGGGGUCUUAGACUGCUGCCAGCACUGGUUCUGCUUCACAUGUAUUGACAAUUGGGCUACCAUCACCAACCUUUGUCCGCUUUGCCAAAGUGAAUUUCACUUGAUCACUUGUGUUCCAGUAUACGAUACUAUUGGAAGCAGCAAGUCUGAAGAGGAGUCAGUCUCAAGGGAAGAUGAUUGGAGCGUCGAAGGGAAGAAUAAUACUCUGUCUUUUCAAUCAUACUACAUUGAUGAAAAUGCAGUUGUCUGCUUGGAUGGGGAUGGCUGCAAAGUUCGCAGUGGAUCAACAAGUGCUGAGGAUGACUCUUGUCUCGAUACAUCAAUUGCUUGCGAUUCAUGUGACAUAUGGUAUCAUGCUUCCUGUGUAGGAUUUGAUCCUGAGGGCACAUUAGAGAAUACAUGGUUAUGCCCCAGAUGUGUGGCUCAUCAAAGGUUAGCUUCAUUACAAGAGUCUGGCAACCUGUGCCCUGGAAAUGUGGGUUGUGACUAUAUGGUUGAGGAUGCCUUGUGUGGGAAGGUGUCUGUUGCUGUUGCUGAUGCUGGAGAGACGGCGAUAGUUGUUUCCAUGGUUCCGAGAGAUCUGCAGACUGAAAUGCAAAAUGAGAGUCCUUUGAAUGUUGAAGUUGAUGAGGCCAUAAAAUGGGAAAGCGUGGUGUUAGUUUCUGAUGCUGAUAUCAGAAAUGUGGAAACUGAAACAGUGGAAAAUAGAGCUACCGAUCCAGAAUCAGCUACACAAAAUGUGGCCCUUUCCUUAUCACAGGAUACCUUCUCAGUUAUGCCCCCCACUUCCUUUGCUUUCAGUGAAUUGAAGCCUAGCAAUGAUGAGAAUGCAGCUAAAGAACCGAGUACUAGUGGCUCUCAAGAUGUUGUGGGCAAGUUGUUUAGUGAAUCCCACCUUGGAAUGAAGACAUCUGAAUGGCAAAACACUGAUCUGACAAAGAUUGAAACAAAGGAUGCAACUAAUAAUCAAACUGGUCGAGAUGUUUCCCAGACAACUCUUAUGGAAGAUUCUGCACUAGACGUAUAUAAUACUGCAGCUGGCGCUGAAAAAGUUCCUGCAACACAGAUUGGUGCAAAGAGACAGCAUAUGAAUUCCUGUGUUGCCAUGCCUGUGAUCGGGGAUGCUGCGGAACCCGAAGCAGAGAUAGAGACUGAAGUUGUCCCAAAGAAAAGGAGGGCGGAAGAUGAGGUUGAAGUUGGUUGCUUCAAGGACCAGACUGACACAUUAGUUUCUGAUGAUACUAAAAAGUGCACCAUCCUGACGGAGGUAGUGGAUAAGUUGAGUAAUAAUCAAGAAACGCCUCCAGAUAUAAUGAAUAUAGUUAAGGGAACAGAACGAAAGUCCUCUAUCACAGAUAAGCCUUCAGCAAGAGGAGAAAAUGCAGGUGGCUUGAGGAUUAAGAAGAUCAUGAGGACGGCUGGUAAGGACAAGGAAUCAUCAAACGUGGUCCAGAAGCUGAGAAAAGAAAUAAGAGAAGCUGUUCGAGAUAAAUCCUCAAAAGAUCUUGAGGAAAAUCUCUUCGAUGCUAAACUUCUUGCUGCCUUUAGAGCUGUGAUUGCUGGACCCAGAGUUGAACCUGAUCAAAAGUUAUCACCUUUGGCUGUCAAGACAAAGAAGUCACUGUUGCAGAAGGGGAAAGUACGCGAAAGUUUGACAAAGAAGAUAUAUAGAACAUCUAAUGGAAGAAGAAAACGUGCAUGGGACCGUGAUUGUGCGGUCGAAUUUUGGAAGUAUCGUUGCAUGACAGGAACAAAGCCUGAAAAGAUUGAGACCCUGAAGUCAGUCCUUGAUCUCCUUAGAGGGAAUUCAACGAAUUUGGAGAUAAUGCAGGAGCCUGAUCAGCCCUUUGCAGAUUCUAUCCUUUCUAGGUUGUAUUUAGCAGAUACUUCUGUGUUACCUCGAAAGGAUGACAUAAAGCCUCUCUCUUAUCUUGAAGGCGAUUCUGAGCUGAAAAAGGAGCAAAUUAUCCCCGGGGGAAAGAGUGUGGAUCAUGCUGUGAAAUCCGUAGAAUCCAAUAAGGAUGCAUAUAAUUCAGGUUCUUCUGCUAAACAUGGUAAAGUGCCAAGUUCAAAACACAAUGCUUCUGAUUCCAAAGUACCUGGUAAACGCCCAGAACGAUCUUCAGUUUCCCAUAUGAAUAGUUCAAAUUGUGGUAGAUGGAAGGACAUGGUUAGUGAAUCGGAUGAUUUGAAGAGGGAUAAAAGAAAGUGGGCCCUGGAGAUUCUUGCUAGGAAAACUGCUUCUGCAGGUAAAGGUGCUACUUCUGAUGAACAUGAAGACAAUGCCAUACCUAAAGGAAACUUCCCACUGUUGGCUCAACUGCCAAAAGAUAUGAGACCAGUCUUGGCUUCUACUCGCCAUAACAAGGUUCCUAAGUCAGUAAGACAGAAACAGCUGUAUCGUUUGACCGAGCACUUCUUGAGAAAUGCAAAUUUGCAAACAAUAUGUAGAACUGCAGAGACGGAGUUGGCUGUUGCGGAUGCCAUCAAUAUUGAAAGGGAAGCUGCAGAUCAGUCAAAUAGUAAGCUUGUCUAUUUGAAUCUAUGUUCUCAAGAGAUAAAGCGCUGUACAGAAUAUUGCAAGUCCUCUGGAACAAUUGAACCCCCUCCCCCGUCUCCAUUAGCUGUUCCUACUGAAAAACCAGAGCAAGGCACGGAAGAAUACUCCGACCCGGAGGUUGAAGUAGCAUUAAGAGCUGCUGGUCUUCUAUCAGAUUCUCCUCCAAACACUCCAAGUCUUACUAUUGGAGUCCCAGGUGAGGAAAAGGAUCCCUCUGCGGAAGCUGGAGUAGUGUGUGAUAAAGUUACCGAAGCGGGUCGUGAUUCUAAAAUAGAAAUUUAUGGUCAAUUUGAGCAUAACCUGGGAGAUACAGAUUAUGUUGGCAAUGGUUCAAUGAAAGUCUCUGAGCAACCAGAAGAAGAAGAAGGUUCAUCUAAAAUGAAAGGGGUUUUUUCGUCUUCAAAUCCUGAAAAUUUGGAUCAUGCUUUUGAUGUCGAACCUUCUGGGGUUCCCUUGUCUGAGUGUUGUGAAUGUGCAAGGAUGAGAACAUCUCCUGUGGAGGAUGUGGGCAAUGAAUGUAGUGAUUCUCAUAAAUGGUCAUGUGAUCAUGUUGGGGAGCUGCCUUCAGUGCGAAAAUGUGAAGAAUUAUGUGGUCCAGAUAUAGAACCCUUAAUGAAGAAACUUUCUGUGAGAAUAGGAGGCACAGAGUGUGAUCUGACUGAUACAGAAUCUCGAAAUGGAAUAGCAGUUCCUGGAGAUGUUAAGACUUGCGAGCCAAGCCAGGAGGUAGAACAAUCAGAUGGAGUCAUGAUGCAUCACAAGUCUUCUGGUAGAAACGAAUCUAGUAGUAUUUCUCAAGAUGGUAAAUUUGAGAAAGAGGACAGGGAGAAACAUGACAAAGAGUGGUCUGAUGAUGCCGAAUCCAUAAAGAGAAAGGUGGAAGCAUACAUCAAGGAACACAUAAGGCCACUAUGCAAGAGCGGUGUAAUCUCAGUUGAACAGUAUCGUUGGGCGGCUGUAAAAUCUGUAGAGAAGGUUAUGAAAUACCAUCACAAAGCUAAAAAUGCCAACUUCCUCAUUAAAGAAGGCGAGAAGGUGAAGAGACUUGCGGAGCAAUACGUCGAGGCAUCUCAACAGAGGGGAAAAAUUGACCCAUCGUAGUAACCGUGUUUAUCUUCCCCCUUUCAUUUUUAUUUUUUUUCACAAUUUCAAUAUCGCUCCAUGCUCAACUUGGAAGCUUUUUCACAGCUAUUCUCUUUCUUAGCAUGGUUCUUUUCCAGGCAUUGUUCAUAUAGACAACUGGACGAUCUAUCAGGAGAAUCUAAUCCUUAUCAGUGAAGGCAGCUCUUCCUCCGUGGGAGGAAGGGCUGAAAAUGAAAAUGACCCAAUUUUUUGCCCA